AUGGAAGCAGCCAUAAACCAUCAGACGUACGGCUGCAGCUCUGAGGCCCCCUCCGUGUCCCCCACGCCAGCCUCCAUGUCCCCCACACUGGCCUCUGUCUUCUCCAAGAUCUUCAGCCACGAAGCCCUGGAGACGUACCUCCCCAAAAUCCAGCUGGUCAUCCAGGACACGCUGAGGGCGUGGAGCAGCCACCCCGACGCCAUCAACGUGUACCAGGAGGCCCAGAAGCUCACCUUCCGGAUGGCCAUCCGCGUCCUGCUGGGCUUCAGCAUCCCCGAGGAGGACCUCACGCACCUCUUUGAAGUCUUCCAGCAGUUCGUAGAGAACGUCUUCUCCCUGCCUGUGGACCUGCCCUUCAGUGGCUACCGUAGGGGCAUCCAAGCUCGCCACACCCUGCAGAAAGGGCUCGAGAAGGCGAUCCGGGAGAAGCUGCAGAGCACCCAGGGCAAGGACUACUCGGACGCUCUGGACAUCCUCAUUGAGAGCAGCAAAGAACACGGCAAAGAGAUGACCAUGCAGGAACUGAAGGAUGGGACCCUGGAGCUGAUCUUUGCAGCCUACGCCACCACGGCCAGCGCCAGCACCUCCCUGAUCAUGCAGCUGCUGAAGCACCCCAACGUGCUGGAGAAACUGAGGGAGGAACUGCGUGCUAAUGGCAUCCUACACAAUGGCUGCGUGUGCGAGGGCUCCCUGCGGCUCGACACGCUCAUCGGACUGCACUACCUGGACUGCGUCAUCAAGGAGGUCAUGCGCCUCUUCACGCCCAUCUCUGGUGGCUACCGCACGGUGCUGCAGACCUUCGAACUGGAUGGUUUCCAGAUCCCCAAGGGCUGGAGCGUGAUGUAUAGCAUCCGGGACACGCACGACACGGCUCCGGUCUUCAAGGACGUCGACAUGUUCGAUCCUGACCGCUUCAGCCAGGCCCGGAGCGAAGACAAGGACGGCCGCUUCCACUACCUCCCCUUCGGCGGAGGGGUCCGGACAUGCCUGGGCAAACACCUGGCCAAGCUCUUCCUGAAGGUGCUGGCGGUGGAGCUGGCCAGCACCAGCCGAUUCGAGCUGGCCACCCGGACAUUCCCGAGGAUCACCCUGGUCCCGGUCCUCCACCCCGUGGAUGGCCUCAGCGUCAAGUUCUUCGGCCUGGACUCCAACCAGAACAAGAUUCUCACCGAGACCGAGGCCAUGCUGGGGGCCACCGUCUAA